CAAAAGGUAUAUUUCACGAGUGGCGCAGCCACGAGUGAAAUAUGAACUUUUGGUGUUCUCGAGGUGAAAUAUAUUUUGAUCUUACAUUAAACUAAACAAAUUUUCUUUUUAUUAUAUGCAUAGAAACGUUUAAAAAGACAUUUUAAGUUAGUACUAAUUGAAAAUGGCGCCAAAUAAUAAUACAACGUGACGUCAUUUACGACGUCACGUCAUUAAGUUGGUUUCCAGUACUGUGAACGCUUGUAUUUCACUGAAGCAACGUACUGGGCUCAAAUAUUCAAAACAGUGAAAUUAUCAAAUUGGUAAUUUCACUGUUUCAAACAAUGAAAUUACCAGUUUUUAACUCACUGAUAUAUUUCUAUAAACCAUCGAAAAGCAUGUAAUAAAUAAACACAUCUCUUUAAAGAUGCAAAAUUUAAACUCGGCGUUCAGUGACGAAUACCUUUUGUGACAAGUUCUUGUGUGUACUACAUGACAAUCAAUUAAUUUAAUCUGUGCAAGUGUGUAAUCUCACCUCCUCUCUAGUCAUCGAGGUCAGUUUCUGGAUACAUAUGUAAUGAAAUUAAUUUACUUAAUAUCUAUCAUCAUACCUGGUGUAUAUUUGAUAUAUAAUAACAAUGACGGAAGCUGAGGGUAAAAUUCAGACAGUAUUAGGAUGCAUUAAACCAGAGGAUGCUGGCUUUACGUUGGCCCAUGAACAUCUUAUAUGUAACUUUGAUUACCUAGUAGAAAGCAUGCCUAAAACUGAGUUUCCAGAAUACUGCAAGCGUCCGUUGGCUCCUGAUUUUGGAUGGUGGGUCACACAAUAUCCAUAUUCAAGUGCCGAUAAUAACCAUUUGUUUGAAGAGACCGAUGCAAUAAGAGACGAACUUCAUUUCUUUAAAAAAUGUGGAGGAGGCACGAUUGUAGAAAAUACAACGUACGGGAUCGAACCCGAUCCAAAGACACUUGCCAAACUAUCUGCAGAUACUGGGGUGCACCUUAUAGCUGGGACAGGGUAUUACAUAGAACCAUCGAGACCCGGUACGGCACAUUUAACCCAAGAGAAGUAUGCUGAGCUUAUGUUAAAAGAACUAACUGAAGGGUGCGCGGGAACUAGUGUUAAAGCCGGGAUAAUUGGAGAAGUGGGUUGUUCCUGGCCAAUGACAGAUUCAGAGAGAAAAGUUCUUCGUGCUACUGCUGAAGUCGAGGCUGCAACCGGAUGUCCAGUAAUAAUACACCCUGGCUGGAACUCGGCCGCGCCAUUUGAAAUAAUGAAAAUUUACCAAGAGGCCGGGGGACAUGCUGACAGAGUUGUUAUGUCUCAUAUGGACAGGACAUUUUUCAACAUUCCCGAGCUACUGGAAUUUGCUGCAACUGGCUGUUACGUCGAAUACGACCAUUUUGGACUUGAGACGUCAUAUUAUCAACUUCAUGACGACACGGACAUGCCUUGUGACGCCACAAGAAUCAAGAAUAUAUCGGCUCUCAUAGAAGCCGGGUACCAAGAUAGGAUAACAGUUGGCCAUGACAUUCAUACUAAGCAUACUUUGAUGAAAUAUGGCGGUCAUGGAUUUUCACAUAUGCUGCUUCAAGUUGUGCCGAGAAUGUUAGCACGCGGGAUCUCGCGAGAUAAUGUUGAUAAAAUAAUGAAGUACAAUCCGCAAACAUGGCUUACCUUCACUAAACAUAAUUAUUGACAAUAUAAACUACUAUAUAACAAGUAUAUAGAAAAUUAAGAACCUGAACCAGCUCUGGUGUUGACGUGUUGACCUAUUUUAAUUUCUGCUUAUUUUGAUUACUAAAUGUUUAUAACAAGGUUGAAGUUGUUUCUGCACAUGUUUACAUGUUUUGAUUUUCUUUGCUUACUAUUAAGAAUAUUGUUUCAAUAUUCAUUUUGACAAGAUACCAAAACAUUAGAAAA